AUGGGUCUGCUCCAGACAUGUAUAGCCUCACUCGUGGCGGCUUCAUGGUGGGAGAUCUUUCUUCUUUUCCUGCUGGCACCCACUUCACUGGCUCUCUAUCGUGUCUUUCUGUCGCCACUGUCACACAUUCCUGGGCCUCGUUUUGCUUGGGUCUCGUCCCUAUUUCUCUACACUGUCUGCUAUCUGGGCGUAGAGGGCCGUGUGCUCAUGUACUAUCAUAGAAAGUAUCGCACACAGGUACUUCGAAUCGGGCCAAAUGCCGUUUCAUUAUCCGACCCUGAAGCCCUUCACACAGUCUAUGUUGCAGAUGGAGGUUUACCCAAAGAUCCCCGCUACAGCAACUUUCGAGUCGAAGGCUGCGACACCAUAUUCUCCACCCUCGACCCACUGUAUCGUGAUGUGCGAGCUAAGGCAGUCCUUCCACUCUUUGUACCUAGCCGACUGCGCGCUUCGGCAGAGAAUGACGGCAUAAUCGCAGAAUUAGUGAAAAAGUUUAUCGACAUCUUGAAAACGGAGAAGGAUAUAGCCCACCAACAGCGAGCCCAUGGCGAAGGCACAAGAAAGGUCGACGUUCUGGAUCUUACAUCAAAGCUAUCCAUCGAUGUUCUGACCAAAUUUCUCUUCAAGAAAGUCUACGGGGGGCUAGAUGAGCACUUGAGCGCUCCUGAACCGACAUCAGGCGCAAUGGCAAUCGGAAAGGGACAUAAACUUUCCGCAACGCCCUUCGUUCUGGCAAUUGUUGCCUUCGGCCGGUUCUCACUCUUCCCAAACUGGCUCUUCCGCAUGGUCUUCUCCCUCCUGGUGGGUCCCACUUUGUCCAAGCCCGAAGUCGCGGCGUCGUUGAAUCGUAUUUCUGAAUAUACGGCUGGGAUUAUGGACCAGUAUACCGUCGCCGACGCAUCUUCUGAACGAUUUGAUAGAGAUACAUACCAAUUUCGACUCCUCUCCGCAGGCAUAUCAUAUUCAGAGACACUUAUUCAAUGCAAAGCUGCCAUGUUCGCAGGUGCAGAUUCAACCGCAGUCAUGCUUUCAACUAUUCUCUUUCAUCUCAUCCAACGUCCAGACGUGCUGCAGAGGCUGAAAAGCGAAAUCAACCAGCACCCGCUUAAUGUUGGUGACCAAACAUUGCCAUAUUUGCGGGCCGUCAUUCGAGAGGGUCUUCGACUGGGGAUGGCAAAUCCAGCACGUCUGACCCGGAUUGUAUCCCCGGAGGGCGCAGGGCUCACCGUCAGUGGAGUCUAUCUGCCACCGGGUACGAUCGUGGGUGCAGCUGCAUAUGUGUUCCACCACAAUCCGGACAUUUUCCCGGGGCCGUUUGAAUUCCGUCCCGAGAGAUGGAUGCCGGGGCAUGUGGAAGGACAACAGGACGAACAAGCAAGGCGGAUCAUGGAUAAAGCGACAUUUCCUUUUGGCCUCGGGUCGCGAGCAUGCAUUGGUCGAAACCUGGCAAUGCAACAGCUAUUUGCCACGGUAAGCGCUGUUGCAAAGAGUGGGGUGCUGGAAGGCGCAACGACGUGCACCGAGAAGAUCGAGCUGGUUGAAUGGUUCAAUGCAGAGAUCAAAGGUCAUCACCUUGAUAUACAGUGGCUGUGA